AUGCGUUUCAUCUACUGGGCUGCGGCCACCCUUCCAGGGGCCCUUGCAGCCCCUCUUAACCCCCAGAACCUCCAGAAUGCAGUUAACCCGAAUCAACUGAAGAACCCCCUGACUAUUGGUACUGGAACAGACCCAAUCAGCGAGUUCCUACGGAAGUUGAACAGUGGCGAGCCCUUCACAUCUUCCCCUCCUAAGGCAGCAGGCGGCGCUCCAACCGUCCAAAAGAGGGAGCCCAUCAACCCUCUUGAGGUCGUCGAUGGCCUCGCUCGGAAAGUCACCGGUUCUUCCACCGGCAUAGCACGUCGUGGAUCGUUCAGUGAUGAAAAGGCAGCAAAGAAGAAGUUCGGACAGAGACGCGGCCUUUUCCCUUUUGGUGGUGACGUGCGAGGCGUCCAUGCAGGAAACGCUGGCCUCGAUGCUAACAACCUCGGCCGUGAGAAGCGAAAUGAUGAUGAGUUCCCAUUCAACAACCAGCAAAAUGGCCAGCACUCUGUCAUACUUAACCCACUCCUCAAGACCCAUGGAAAUGACAUUAACCGUGGGUUCGGGCGUCGCAACUCAGCUGACGAGGUUGCGUCAAAGCAAGUCAAGCGAAAUGACGAUGAGUUCCCAUUCAACAACAAGCAGAAUGGCCAGCACUCUGUCACCCUUGACCCACUCCUCAAUACCCAUGGAAACGACCUUAACCGCGGAUUCGGUCGUCGUGACUCAGCUAACGAAGUUGCGUCAAAGCAAGUCAAGCGAAAUGACGACGAGGGCCCAUUCAAAAACCAACAAAAUGGUCAGCACGCCGUCAUAACCAAUCCAAUGAUGACCACUGAUGGGAAUACCAACAACCACGGAUUCGGCCGCCGUGACUCCAUCGAUGAAACCGAGCCCAAUGAAACCGAGCCCAAGGAGACAAAGCCCAAGGAGGCCAAGCGAAACAAAGAUGAGUUCCCCUUCAACAACGUGCAAAACGGACAGAGCAGUACCGUAAUCGAGCCACUGCUCAACACCCACGGCAACCUUAAUAACAAGGGCUUCGGUCGUCGUGAGGUAGAGAAAGUCAAGCGUAACGGGGAUGAGGGCCCGUUCAACAACCAGCAAAACAGCCAAACCAGCACUGGAACUGACCCCUUGCUUCAAACUGGUGGGAAUAUUCACGACGAAGGGUUCGGUCGUCGUGAUUCAGCGGAUAAUUAGGGGCAUUGAAGUACAUCGAGCGAGGUAGCCAGUAAUUGAUAUGCUUGUGCCGUCCAUUUCACAACGGGUGCGUUAUGAAUUUGGUAUGUAUCCAUAGGGAAAAGCAGUCUGGGCAGCAGCACACUCGACUAGGCGUUUCUUUGCCUUGGUUGAAUUCCCGCCUUUCGGCACAUGUAAUUACGCGUUUAAUACUUAUUCCCUGGUACACAGUUAAUAUAAUAAUCAUCAACUUCACUGGUUCCUGAGAACAAACCGGAAUUCAAUGCGAUGCGUCUGCUAUUCCCAACGGGCUUCCCCCCUAACUCUGCUGCACCAAGAGUGGAGUCCCAUGGGUCGGACAAUAUGUUGGUGAAACUGCAUGGGCGGUUCGAUAACCAAGCAUCGCACAAUCAAAAUGAGAUAUCACAGAAAAAGUAAGGGAGAUAGUUAACCGUAUAGCUAUUGGUUGGAUAAUUAGUUACCCCUAGGAAAUGUGAGACUGUUGUACAAGGAGCUGGCAGACACCUCACUUUGUAUAUACGAAAAGAGUGAGGCUUUCUGGUUAGUUAUAGCGUCGUACACGGGAGGGGAGAGGAAAAUACCUGUCUAGAGGCCACCCAACUAACAUCUAAUCAGAAAGCUGAAUGUGCAACUGCCAUCAAGUCCAAUUAUCUUGAGAUGCCGAGGUCAAACAACGGUAAGGGGUCAGAAUGCAACCAUGGAUAAAUAUCACCUCUAUGUCCUGAUCCCUUCUGUUUUCGUCAUUACCUUGAUACAGCCUAGCUAACUCCCCCACAGCCCUGCUUACAGUUAACCAACUGCACGCCUAAAAUUGCCAACUAUGCGCUUCCUCUAUUG